CAGCUCUCCCAUCCUGUUUGUCCGACAGUCCAUCCCUCUUUCGCUCGGUGGGCGUGGCGUGAGUUGGGAAAACAAACUGCGGGCGCCGUGUGAUACUUCCUCACACCCCGCAUCAGUUGAGUUUCCCCGCGGCCCCUCCUCGGCUCCGUCUGCGUAAUCCUCAAAGAGUGCGCGUUUUUUUCCGCCAAGCGGGGCUUUUACGCACGGCUGCGCGCUGUACCGUCGGAAGCCGCUGACAGCAUCGCCGGCCAGCACUGCGAUUUUCAUCAAAUGGGGGGAGCCGGCGGCGCCCGCGAGAGCCGCGCGGCGACAGCACUUUGAACAAGUCCGCUUUCGGGAGCCGUCAUGUGCUGACGGGACGCGGCAGCGCGGCGAGGACACGGCGGCAGACGCAGACGAACAUGAGCGGCGGAGAAAUCAUCUUCCAGGGCUGGCUGAGGAAGUCCCCACCGGAGAAGAAGCUCCGGAGAUAUGCCUGGAAGAAGCGGUGGUUCAUCCUCCGCAGCGGCCGCAUGAGCGGCGACCCCGACGUUCUCGAGUACUACAAGAACGACCACUCCAAGAAGCCCAUCCGGGUCAUCGACCUGCACUGCUGCGACCAGGUGGACUCGGGCCUGACCUUCAAGAGGAAGGAGUUCCAGGACAGCUUCGUGUUCGCCAUCAGGACCUUCGACCGCACCUUUUACCUUGUGGCCGAGACCGAGGACGAGAUGAACAAGUGGGUCCGCGCCGUCUGCCAGCUGUGUGGCUUCAACCAGUCGGACGACGUCCACGAUGGCAGGUUGCACCACGUGCCCAGAUCGGUCGGCGCAGACGUCCCCGGAUCCACCACGUCCUCCGCCCCCAUCCACUCCAGCCAGCCGGUGCUCUUCACCUUCGACGUGCCCAUGCGCCACGCGCACCACAACUCGCUGUCCAACAGCGCGCCCCAGGACUACCUGCUGCUCCACCAGUGCAUGAGCAGGAAGACGGAGAGUGCACGGAGCGCCAGCUUCUCCCAGGCCACGCGGAGCAGCCUGCUGGUGGGCAGCGAGUCGGCGGCGCAGAAGCUGUCCCACGGCCUCUCCCACUGCCUCAACGGCUCGGCCGGCCAGCUGCACGGCUUCUACAGCCUGCCCAAAACUGGCAGGCACCGCGACGACUCGCCCGAGGCCUGCUACGUGCUGCCGCGCGGCCACAGCGCCGACCUGCCGGAGCCCGGCGCCGCCGACCCGGAGGCCGAGGAGGUGUACACCUACAAGACGCCCUGCAACGCCCUCGCCGCCGCCGCCGCGCACGCCCACGAGCGGCCGCCCGACAACUACGACCUCCCCACGACCCCCGGCUCCUUCUACCAGAUCCCCCGGGCCUUCGACAAGAACCACAACGCCUUGACGCCCUCCGGCUGCGACUCGUCCGGCGCGCCUCCCCCCAGACCCCCCAAGCCGAGCCACGGGUCCGAGGGCCCGUGGGGGAGUCCGCAGUCAGCAGGAAGCCAGAACGGAGACGCGACGUCCGCCGUGUCCGUGAUCCCACGGAGGAACACGCUCCCGGCCGUGGAGAACAUCCGGCUGCACCGAGGUUCCUGUCAAAUGCUUCUUCUUUACGCCGCCUCAUGCUCCUCCUUUGAAACGAACAGCCAUCACCGGCCCAUCCAUUUCAACAGCUCCGGCCAGUCUGUGGAGUCUGUCCACGACGGUUUCAGCUCCUACCUGAGAUCCAGAGCGCCUCUGACUCGCUCCGACAGCGGCAACUCGGAUGACAACUACGUGCCCAUGAACCCCGGCUCCUCGCCGCUCAGCGCCGCCCAAGCUGACAGUCCUAAGAAUAUCUACAUCCCCAUGAGCCCCGGGCCGCAUCACUUUGACUUCCCAGGAUUCUCCGCAACGCUACCUGCCCGCAAGGGGAGCAGCGCCUCUCUGUGUCACCGGCCCGGCCGCCUCAGCGACGUGACGCCGCCUCCCAUCAACCGCAACCUCAAACCUGACAGGAAGUCGAAGCCGACACCCCUGGAUCUGAAGAACAACGGGAUCAUUGACGAGCUGCCGUUCAAGAGCCCGGUCACCAUGUCCUGGACGCGGCCCCUGCCGGCCAUGAACUCCAUGUCUUCCCAGCAUUGCCGACCCAUCUCCACACAGAGCAUCACCAGCACCGACUCCGCAGACAGCGAGGAGAAUUAUGUGGCCAUGCAGAACCCAUCGUCUACCUCCCCAGCCGUGAGCGGCACCAGCAGCCCGGCCCCCCGGAAGUGUGGCAACGUGGACUACCUGGCCCUGGACUUCCAGCCCGGGUCCCCCAGCCCACACAGAAAGCCCUCCACGUCCUCCGUGACCUCGGAUGAGAAGGUCGACUAUGUGCAAGUUGACAAGGAGAAGACGCAGGCGCUGCAGAGCACCAUGCAGGAGUGGACGGACGUGCGGCAGUCGACGGAACCUGCCAAAGGGGUCAAGUCCUGACAGUGACCCGAAACGUGACCAAGAACAGUUCCGAGUCAAGAGCCACUGGUGUUACGCUUCUGUCAUUAACAUGAAUAAUGGUUGAGCUCGUUUCAAACAAAGCCAUAACCGCUCCUGUGCCUGCUGUGAUUAACAUGCAGAGCUCUGCCGACGUGCAGGUGAUCACAUCAUAUGGGUGCCGGCGCUCUGCCAAGGCUCCGCAUGCAGACUGUUAAACAGUGGGUCCGACCCCCCCCCCCCCCCCCCCCCCACACACACACACACACACACACACACACACCGCACCCGCUGCCAGUCACAUGUACAAAAUCUGCCCAAAAGCUGCUAAUGCGAAAGCAGGAGCUGGUCCAUAGUCACGAUACGGUGAGCGUUUGCUCUGGUCUCGGCCUCAGGUCCGCUCCGGUUUUCACAUGCAGGCGCGCUCCCUCUCUUCACGUCAGUCCGUCGUUUGUUGCUGAGUCGUGCAGAAGCGGUGAGGAGAUUAUUUCCACCGCGGGCGAUCAUUUCAGCUUAGCCGUGCAUGUCUGGCGAGAGGAGAAGCAAAUAAAACAGCUCAACAAAUAUGUGUGUCGCUAUCCACACGCAGGUACAAAGUCCCAGACGUGCACGUGUGCGGUGACGUGCACGUGCGCGGUGACGUGCACCAACGCCAGGCUCAAACGGACUUCAGUGGUCAAUUCACCUCAGCUCACAUUCUAAUAUAUUUAAUUUUCAAGGCGUCCUGACCCAGAGAAGCCCGUUGAAGUAAAGUUAAACCCAUAAGAUGACGCUUCCUUAACAAGAACAGGUAGUUUGAAGGAGCAAUUAAACAUUCGCCGAUGUAUUGGUCAAACACUACAGCUGCGUCUCUGCAAAGUAAUUAUUUCCUGUAUGUAAAUUCUUAACAGGUUGAGAUGUUUUCAGAGCAUCUUGACUGGUAGAAACUUGAUGCGGGUGCACUACAUUAACAUAGAAGGUUUAGCCACUGACGACCGACGCUGAAAAGCUGUUGAGUUGAUUUUUUUUUUGUGUAUUUCUUCAAUUUGCCUUAAACUUGUGUCUAAGUGAGGACUUUAAAUUCAGCCUUGGACAAAUGUUAUUAUUUACUUAGAGCCAUAUUUUGUUUAGGACGACAGCGUGAUCGGAUUUUAGUUCAAAUUAAGUCCAGUAUUUUAUUGUGGGCUGGAACCACUGAAGGAUGAAUCCUGAUAUGAGCAGCGUGGCCGUGCGGUUGUAGGUGGUUAUUACAAUUAUUAUUAUUAUUAUUAUUAUUAUUAUUAUUAUUAUUAUUAUUAUUUGACUAGAAUUGACUUCUUAAGAUUUUUUCUACUGUUUUUACCGCUUUUUGUAUUCACCAUUAUUUUUUUUACUGACGUGUAAGCAAGUGAUAAGACAAUGGGAUCAGACUAACUGAAGCCAUGUUUGUCACAACAGAUAUUUUUUUCUGUCCUUAUAACUGAAUUGCAUCUGCACGUGCUAAACGGAGACCGGUGAACCCCUCCAUUCAAGGAGCCAAAGCAGAACUGCCUCCCCCUCGGCGCCUGGACUGAAAUGGACCUGUAAUUUAUUGUCUAGGCGGAACCGAGCCGUGUAUGUGUUGUGGUCAGUUGUGAGUAGUGGUUUGUUGUUUGACAGUCAGACUGGGCCCCAGUGAGGUCUCUGCUCAGGUCUCCUGUCAGUCCCUCACUAUUAGAGAGUUUUCAACCACUGUUAUUGCUACUACUGUAAAGCAUUUGCAGAUUUGCUUGUGUGUUAAUUUAUUAAUUUAUUGUGUGUUUUGGAGAUGAUAAUUGUAAAAAAAAGAACGAAAAACCCCUUCUCUCUACUAACCGUGAUGUAUGCGAACUUGUCUUGAUUUUGUGAAGCAAUAUGACGAACGGCGGCAGUGUGGCGGUGAUGUGGUACAGUAAAUCUGGGAUUCACGAGGAUACAACGUUUUGUAAUACCUGUGUAAUAGUAGACUUAAACCUCUGGACAUAGAAUAAACCAACAAGUGAAAGUU